AUGCUUCCUUCACGAGUACGGUCAGUCAAUUCAAAAUUGGAAAUAAUUACGAUUAUCUUAACACUUAUCUAUGGUGUUAUCAUACUUCCAGUGUAUACCAAGACAUUGGACAUUGAAUCGGAUACACCACUGACAAUCAGCUUUAUUCCACCUUCAGAUCAAGUACUCCUCAAUGAACCAUUAAUUAUACGUUGUGAAGUCAAUACAUUGAACAGUGAACGCUCUGAUUCAAACAAAAAUAUCCUUAGUGGUUAUAGUAUGUUUUUUCUAUGUCCAAUUGCACCAUGGGGUAAAUUUUGUUUUCAUAAUUGUCAAUCAGCUUGUGUUGGUGAAAAUCCAGGCAAGUGUCCAUAUGAAAAAGAAUUAGGAUUAGUAAAAUGUCGUACAGUUGUUACACAACAAGGUCAUAUAUUCUAUGAAUAUACAAUACCAAGUUUAACAAACGCUUGGCUUGGAUCAGACAAUUUGAACAUCAACAAUAAUGCUGCGAAUGGUUACCAGAGGAUCGAGGGAUUCUCGUGUAAAACAGCUGGAUUGAAAACACCACAGAUUCCUUUGAUUUUAGCGAGACCAACAGAAACUACUAUAACCACCCUUAUGUCUCACAUACCGAUAACUACUAAAAAGACAAAAGCCCCAGCAACAAGAUCUCCUACAGUACUGUUAUCUGUUAAUAAUGGAGUUAAUAAAAGUUCAUCUGAAGAAAAAACAAACAGAAGAAUAAACGGUGACUCGUCGAAUCAACUGACACAACAAGACGUCAGUCAGUCAAUUACCACUAUAAGUGGUGACCUUAAAGCUGCAUUGACACGUGAAGUAUUGAUCAUUGGCGCCAUUAUUUUUGUAUUCAUCUCACUCAUAGUCAAUGUAUUCUGUUGUAUCCGAUGUGCAUUGAUUCGUCAAUACUCUAAAACCAAAGAUCGCGUACACAUGCAACAUUUGUUCUGUAUGGCUGAAGAGAUACGCAAUGCCCGCAUAGUGAAACAGAUCAAUGGUAAAGGUCGUGGUUAUCGUGAUAAACUGGAAAAGAAUCAAAGCCAAGAACAACGACUCCAACAACAACAACAACAGAUACGUCUAGCCAAUCUACUCCAUGACGGUAAUACAACUGCAGCUGGCAGUAGUCUGUUAAUGAUGAAUAAACUUCAACCACAACCCAAUGGAUAUGAAUCAUACCAACCAUCUAUAGACUAUGGAUCGGAGUAUGUGACCGGUUUAAACUAUCCUGGGAUGGCAUUCAGUGAUAACCAGUCAUCUGGUCUACCAGCUGAUAUCCAUCUACGCUACUUACCAGACGGUAAAUCAGGCAACAGACAAUCAAUAUCAGCGUUCUCUUUAGUACCUGGUCAAUUGCCAAUGACAUGGACAAAUAAUAACAAUAACAGUAAUGAAUCACAUCGUCGAUCUAUCUCCAGUGUACAAAGAAUGGGGACUAAUUCUUUAGCAUCACAUUCAUCACAACAACAAAUUGCUGCAGCUGUUACUAAUUUCUAUUUACAGCAUCAACAACACUUUAUGGAAUUACAAAAUCAUCUGAAUAAUAAUACAGAAACCGGUAUAGUUAAUCAACUUGGUUCCGAUGGGAUGGGUUCAUGUUUUGGUAGUAUUGGUCAACCAGAUUCAAGUAUUCUAUCUGAAACGAAUAUUAUUCCAUCGAAUUCUGGUGGACAAGAUAGUGGUCAUUGUGAAUCUGUAAUCACUGAGAAUUUAGUCAAUCAUUCACCAAUGAUUAAUACACGUAAUAUUAACAAUACUACUAAUAAUAAUAGUAGUAGUAUAUUUUAA